CCUGAACCAGAGACCGGCGGCUACCGCUGUCACCCCUCACCCUGCCACCACCUCACCCAGAAGACUGUCAUCGAGUACUUCUGUGACGAGGGCUACGCACUGAAGGGAGACUACAAGUUCCUCACCUGCCAGAAUGGCGAGUGGGACGGUCCCAUGCAGAUCAGCUGCAGACUAACACAAGUCAAAGAACAGAGCUCACCCCUGGGUAUUCCAGCCCUGUCCAUCGUCACCUCCACAGCCAGCUCUGUGGUCCUCAUCCUCCUUUUAGUGGUGUUGUUUGUUCUUGUACAGCCAAAACUCAAGUCCUUUCAUCACAGCAGGAGGGAGACGGGCGGGAUCUCUGGCCAGGGCAGCUCCAUCAUGGUGGAGGGUGUCCAGGUGAGCCUUCCCUCAUAUGAAGAGGCGGUAUACGGGAGUGGUGGACCAUGCGCCCCCUCGGGUCCUCCUCCUUCUCCGUCACCUCCUCCACCUUCUUUAGAGUCACGAGUCCCCAUCGUGCUCUCCGAGGGGUUUCCUCAGGGGGCCACCGGAGGCCAAGGUUCCAGCCGGACCCGGCACCACAGAGACUUAGACUUCUGUCUCCCGUCCACUUCCUCCUCAUCCUCCUACUCCUCCCGCCGUCAUGCAGAGACAGUGCUGGUUCACCAGGCCCCUUCGUCCUCUUCUUCCUCCUCCUCAUCAUCCUGUUCUUCGUCAUGGGCCAGAGAGCACCCUGGGGGUGCAUGCGCAGGCCCCCUACCUCUACGUAGAGACUCUGAGAGCAGUGACCAGAACAGUCUGCUGUCUGUCACCUCCGCAGAAGAAUUUUCUGACGAUAUUCCCCUGCUGAAGGAAGCAUGAAGCCUGCCAGGCCUCCGUCAGCAUCGGCUGCAGAGCUCCCUCACUGUCUCUAUCUCACUGCUGACCAGGACCGACUGUGGCUGACAACCUACUUCCCUUCUCCGACCCCCCCCUCCCUCAGCAGCUGGCACGAAAAAUGUCUAGAACUAUUCCAUUCGCAAUUCUCCCACUGCAACCUCUGUCUACCACCAUCGCUAACCAUGCAGAGCAAAGCCAACAACCGACCUUCACUGGCACUUGGAGUAGUGAUGGAGCGACACUGGACCCAGCUCCAGUGUCAAACUAAAGACAAAUCCUGACCAGUGAAGCGCUGCCAGCGCAGCAGAAACCCUGUAGAUCUUAUGUAUACCAGUACAAGGUUGUGUAUUAUAGGCUUUGAAUUAUCGUACACCUGCCUCCUUCACCCAGGUGUCAUUCACUGUCUGGGAUAUCUACAGAUGUUUCAAAACAAAAACAGAAAAAUCACUUGAGAUGUUCACUCCUGAUGCCAUGGCACUCAGAAACAGAAUGGUCUUCCCUCUGUACUUGAAAAGUUGUGAGUGAUGAUGGGCUGGGCGUGUUUUCUUUUCUUCUUCUUCUUCUUCUUCUCUGGCACUCUUUGUGAAUGCUGCAUGUUUUUUUCUUUUCCAGUUAUCGCAGUCACCACGCAGUCAGAAUGAAGCAUGAAGCCUCCUGUCUCUCUCAGCUUAUCUGUUUAUCCGGUCGGCUUCUGGCAUAUGGAUUAACGGAAAAGUCUUUUCCGUGGCCAGAUGUGCCUGGCAUCUGGACGGUGCUGCUUCUGUCGCAUGAGUGGGAUUGAUUGGUGUUUUGUGAUUUUCCAGGACUUGUGCUCCAUGUCUGGUAGUAUAAGCAGAGGGAAUCAUGUCACGUUUUGUGUCAAAGGCUGAUUUGAUCUUUGUCUUUGAAAACAGGGGACGGGACAUGACGUGACUUAAA